ACUGCACAUUCACUGCUACCCUGGGAUCUAACCAUGUACACACAGGGUCUUCUCAGCUUGGUGCUGCUUCUCUUGAUGUCCUCAUUGUUUGCCCUGCUGCCUGCUGUUCCACAAAGUUUCUCCUUGUCCCUGCGGAGUAGUUUGGGAAGCAUCUCAUCUUGCAGACUCUCCCAAGCUGAGUCGGAGCGCAGGUGUCGAAUCCCAGGUGGAAAAGUGUGUAGCGGCCGAGGCCAAUGCGAAUGUGGUGUCUGCAUCUGCCAAGUGACUGAGCCAGGCAAAUACUAUGGGCCACUGUGUGAAUGCCAUGAGUGGGUGUGUGAAACCUAUGAUGGAGAGACAUGUGCAGGUCAUGGGAAGUGUGACUGUGGAAAGUGCAAAUGUGAGGAAGGUUGGUAUGGUGAUGCCUGCCAGUACCCAGUGACCUGCAACCUAACACGGAAAAAAAGUAAUGCACUGUGCAAGAACUCUCAAGAUAACAUCUGUUCAAAUGCAGGAACCUGUCUCUGUGGCAGAUGUAAAUGUGACAAUUUAGAAGGGAAUGGAUUGAUCCAUGGUAAAUACUGCGAGUGUGAUGACAGAGAAUGCAUAGAUGAUGAAACAGGAGAGAUUUGUACAGGCCAUGGAAAGUGUUACUGUGGAAACUGUUACUGUGAGGCUGGUUGGCAUGGCGAUAAAUGUGAACUCCAGUGUGAUAUCACCCCAUGGGAGAUCAAGAGGAGGUGCACAUCUCCAGAUGGCAAAAUCUGCAGCAACAGAGGCACCUGUGUAUGUGGUGAGUGUACAUGUCAUGAUGUUGACCCAACUGGAGAUUGGGGAGAUAUUCAUGGAGACACCUGUGAGUGUGAUGAACGAAACUGCAAGGCACUCUAUGACAGAUAUUCAGAUGACUUCUGUUCAGGUCAUGGACAGUGCAACUGUGGAAGAUGUGACUGUAAAGAAGGAUGGACAGGGAAGAAAUGUGAACAUCCACAUUCUUGUCUCAUGUCAGCUGAAGAAAGUGCUAGAAAAUGUCAAGGAAGCUCGCUUUUACCUUGCUCUGGAAGAGGGAAAUGUGAGUGUGGCCAAUGCACUUGUUUUCCGCCAGGAGAUUCCAGAAUAUAUGGCAAAAUCUGUGAAUGUGAUGAUCGACAGUGUGAAGACAUAGAUGGCAUCAUCUGCAAUGAUCAUGGGAUCUGUUCCUGUGGUCGAUGCAUUUGUCAGGAUGGAUGGUUUGGGAAGUUGUGCCAGCACCCAAGAAACUGCAACAUGACCGAAACUGAGAGCAGAAGCUUGUGUGAAUCAGCGGAUGGUAUCUUGUGUUCAGGAAAGGGUUCUUGUCACUGUGGAAAGUGCAUCUGUUCACCCCAGGAAUGGUAUAUUACUGGGGAAUUCUGUGAAUGCGAUGACAGAGACUGCGACAAACAUGAUGGCCUGAUUUGCACAGGAAAUGGUAUAUGUAGCUGUGGAAACUGUGAGUGCUGGGAUGGCUGGACUGGAAAUGCUUGUGAAAUCUGGCUUGGGACAGAAUACCCCUAACACUGACAUGGAACACUGAAGCCUGAAGGAUUUCUGGUUUGGUUUUCUUAAACUUAGGCUGCUAGAGUACUUACAUGCAAGACAACCUUUAAAAAAAAAUACACAAACCAACACACCACUAGAAAUAAGUAAGCACAACAGAGUAUGUUAUUUUUAAUGUCUGAACAUGUGUCUGAUGUCUUGAUUCUGCUCCUAAUGCAGUCAGUGGGAGCAGGAUGAGGACCCCACCUCCAACGCCAUCAAGAUAGCAUAUAUAAGUGCCACAAAUAAUCUUUGCUAGAAAUUGCACAGACCAGAAGCAUUGUAUAAUGUACUACUUGCUUAGUGAAUUUCAGCUUCAUUGUAUAAAAAGAAUUGUAUUUGUAUGAGAAGAGUUAAGCUGGUUCAGGAAUAUCUAAAAGAUCCAAAUCUGGGUGCCUCUGUGGCCCUGUUCAGAUGUUAUAUUACCCAUAGAUGCUUACUCAGAUGUGUCAUCCAUGGAAGCACCCUGUAACCCUGCCCCCAUUCUAAUGCCCACUGAAAGCCUCCCUCCUGCUCACCACAGUUAGAGCAUUUGUGUGAGAAGACAAACUAUGUCCUUGAGGAAAGAUUCUCCCCUUGCUGGAGAGUCCCAUCUCACAGGGAGGAUCUCUCCCCAAAUACAGUGUUUGUCUCCAGACAAAUGCUGUGUGAUGAACAGCGGGGACUGGGUUUCAGUGCAUGUCAGCAUGGGGCCAUUGCUUACAACAGGGCCACACAACUUCAACCCUCCUGCUGAUGUUGGACUACAACCCCCAUCAGCUUUGACUAUUGGUCAUGGUGACCAGGAAUGAUGAGAGUUGUAGUUCAGCAACAGCUGGAGGGCCAAAGUUGUGCAGUCCUGGCUUACGGGCAAGCUUCUGUGGACGCUUUACCUGCACACAGUAUCUGUGGAUAAUACAACACCUAAAAAGGACAGGUGAGUGUAAGGCAGGCCUUCUCAACUUAGACCCCCCCAGUUGUUUUUGGACUACAACUCCCAUAAUCCCCAGCCACAAUGGCCAGUAGCCAGGGAUCAUGGGAGUUGUAGGCCAACAUCUGCAGGAGGGUCACAGUUGAGCAGCCCUGGUGUGAGACAUAAUCUCUUUGACCUUGAUAGUCACACACCACACCACACCCCAUCCUUAGAAGCAUCCUUUCACCUCUCCUACCAUCUUUUCAUAAGAAAAUGCAUGAGGAGGGAUGGGGGAGAACAAAGGGCACGUGAAGUCUCUCUCUGCAUGGUGCUGCUGCUUCUUUCCAGUGGACCUCAGUGGAACUGAACCUACUUGCCUUGUUUCCUACUCCUUUCUGAGAGUGUUAAAAUGUGCCUCCCGUGUUAGUGGUUUUUGGCACAUGUGACAAAACAUUACAUUGUUGCAGUGCUGGUCUGCACGGUGUCAUUUGCCUUCCUCUCCUCUGCCCAACUUUGCCAAUAUAGCCAUUCCGUCCUAAGCUGCUGAGCCAUGUGAUUUUGUGGACGAUGUCAUCACACUUCCUCUGCUAGGAUGUCAUCAGGAAUGCUCAUUAAAAAGCAUCACAUGGCUUGCCAUAGCCAACAGAGCUAAAUGGCAGUGUGGGUAUAUGAGGCUAAGAACCAUGAAGGCAGAGAAGGAAGAAGAAAAUGGCAAAAGCAUUAGCAGCCAGGAGCUUAUUCAGACAGUGACUUUACCGCAA